CCGCCCUCUCCUCCCCUUCCCGCUGGGAUUGCUCCUGGCGCCUUAAAAAGACCUGUUCGUUUUUUGUUUUGUUUCGUUAACUCCGGCUAUUCCCACUGCAAAAAGCCUGCCCCCCGGCCAUCUCAAUGGCUCAGCUUUCCAGCCUGGGAAGCCCCAGAGUAAUACUUACCGAGCUAAUUCUCGCAUUACGCAGCAGAGUUGGCUAGCCUGUCUUAAAAAGGAGCCGAGUUUGUGGGGAGUAUGGGAGGCACAAUACCUCCUGCUCCAGCCAAUGCUUCCACGGAGGAGACAAGUAAGGGCAAGGCAGAGGAACGCCCAGAGGAGCCGGUUAAAUCACCUGAACCAGAAAGUGAAGAGAGCGACUUAGAAAUUGAUAAUGAGGGAGUGAUUGAACCGGACAAUGAUGACCCUCAAGAAAUGGGAGAUGAAAAUGUGGAGGUAACUGAAGAGAUGGCGGAUCAAGCUAAUGAAAAGAAGAUUGAAGCGAUAAAUGCUCUCAGUGAAGGGGACCUUCAGAAGGCUGUUGACUUGUUCACAGAUGCUAUCAAGCUGAAUCCUUGUUUGGCCAUCUUGUAUGCCAAGAGGGCAAGUGUUUUUGUGAAACUACAGAAGCCAAAUGCUGCCAUUAGAGAUUGUGACAGAGCCAUUAAGAUUAAUCCUGACUCAGCACAGACCUAUAAAUGGAGGGGGAAGGCACAUAGACUUCUUGGUCACUGGGAGGAGGCUGCUCAUGAUCUUGCAUUAGCUUGUAAAUUGGAUUAUGAUGAAGAAGCAAGUGCCAUGCUGAAGGAGGUGCAGCCAAGAGCUCAGAAAAUUGCAGAACAUCGACGAAAGUAUGAGCGGAAGCGUGAAGAAAAGGAAAUCAAGGAAAGAAUGGAAAGAGUGAAGAAGGCACGGGAGGAGCAUGAGAAGGCACAAAGGGAGGAAGAAGCAAGACGGCAGGCAGGAGGAGCUCAGUUUGGUGGCUUCCCAGGUGGCUUCCCAGGUGGCUUUCCUGGGGCUGGAGGCAUGCCAGGAAUGGCAGGUAUGCCAGGUCUCAAUGAGAUUCUCAGUGAUCCAGAAGUUCUUGCAGCCAUGCAGGAUCCAGAAGUUAUGGUUGCAUUCCAAGAUGUUGCCCAGAACCCAGCAAAUAUGUCCAAGUACCAGAGCAAUCCCAAGGUCAUGAAUCUCAUCAGUAAAUUGUCUGCCAAAUUUGGCAGUAAACCAUAAAAUCCCUGGUUUUUAAAAAUCAUAUCUGAAUGGCAAGGAUUGGAUUUGGCUAACCAGUGUUGCAAUAAAAUAAACCAUUUUACCUCUGAUCUUCUUAAGAAGAGAAAUGGGGUGUUCUAAGGAGAACUGCUCUCUAGCCCCAGGUAUUGACUUUAUUCAAUUAUUAGUUUGUAGAACUCAAAUUAUAUUCAGAUGACCUAAUUUUCAACCAUCUCUUCUUAUCCAACAGUUGCAACCUUUCAUUGUAAGUAUUACAGACAGUUUUCUCUGAAUGAACAUACUUAUAAGAAAUUGUAGUAUUCCAGGAAUAUAAGAUAAAAACAUGCUAAUUUUUUAUUGCUGUCACUGAGAAAAGGGGAAAGAACUUUUAACAACUGAAGUCUGUCUUAAUCCCCUUAGGACAGAAAAAUAGCAAAGGUAGGACAAGUCUGAAGAAUUAACUGGAUAAAGGAAUUGUCUGCAAAUACAACUUUUUUUUUUAAUGGGUGAUAAACUUUUUAGAGGUAUUAUCAGUAUAAUCAGGCUAGCUAGUUACACACUGGAACUUCCGGCAGUACUGCAAAUACUAUACAAUUUUGAUCACCACGACUGUGCAGCAAAGGUACAAUUCUACCCUUUGCGCAAUCUAGCAUGAAGUACAUAUUGCUGAGGCCACAGAUGUUUUGUUACUUGUUCAGUUCUUGUCCAGCACCUUUAUGUAACAUUUUAUUUAUCAGUCUGGUUAUGGGAAAGCAGCUUCCUGUCUGUGCUUGUGCUCUUGUCCUUUCCCCGUUGGCAGGCCCUCGGCUGGUUGCACUCACCCUUCCUUGUGGCCAUGCUUACCAGGUUGCAUCUAUUUGGAAACUUUAGGGAAGGAAUCUUGUUCCCAUCACUACCUCUGUCCCUCUGAAUGCAAGCCAUCCAGAACAUGUACAUGCAGAGUUACGGAUCGGUGAAGGGGAGAAUACCCAACAAAAUUGCACCUCUGGGUUCUGAAUCUGUUUGGGUUCUUACAUGCUCACUGAUUAAAAUUUCUCAGUCAAAGUCCUGCUGUCUCUGUAGCGGUGAUGACUCUUUCUUCACCACAUUCUGUAGUCUUCCGUCUUUUCUUGUAGCCUCUUGUUUUAAAAAAAACAAUCUGUUGUUGUGGUUUCAUACUUCCAUGGUUUUGAGGCUUGUGAUAUGGAGGAAAAGAUGAAGUAAUGGAACAGACAGGGCAUUUUUCUAGGACAUGCAUUUGUCAGCAUGGGUAUCUUUGAAGCAGUGUCUGUCCUGAUGAUUUUCAGUGGAUCUGGCUACCAAUAAAGACAGUUUUUGCUUCUGUUUGUCUUGGCUAAAACAUCUUUAUGUGGAAAAAAAUGACCAUAGUUACCUGUUCACUGUUUGAAUUUCAAGGUUUGUGUUACUCUUUUGUAAUUCUGUAUCUUGAGCCAUAACUGAUGUUACCAUUUUUAAACAAAUCUGGUUGAUGUAGGAACUCAACAGCAGUUGCAAAAAAGUAAAUCCCCAAAUGCUUUUUCUCCUACUAAUGACCCUGCGCAAUGAAAUGUGAAUCUUUUUGCUUAAGAAAUACAGUUCUGAAUACUACUCUUAGCCUUUAAAAAUAAAGUAUGGUUUUGAAAAACACA